AUGCUACAAGAGUCAAAACGUGUCACGGUGGGUGUGCGGAUACGACCAAAACUCGACGGCGCUGUGAAUGCCCUGCAGGCGGCGGAACGCUACGAACAGGUGGCGUGCUCGCAGUACUCUGACACGACUCUCCGUCUAUGGGAUGGGCGGGCGUCGAGGGACAGUCGCACCUUUUCCUUCACAUACGAUGGCGUAUUUGACGAGAACACCUCACAGGAGGAAAUAUAUGAGGAGCUCGCGAUGGCUGCUGUGGAUAAUGUGCUUAGCGGCACAAACGCGGCUAUCCUCACAUACGGCCAAACAGGCAGUGGAAAAACAUAUACCGUUCUCGGUAGUGUGCGUAAGGACCCGGUGAGUGACGACAUCAUCACGACCGACACCGGCAUCCUCCUGCGUGCCCUGCAGGAGAUAUUGCACUACGCUUCAUUGCAGAGCAGCAACCGUCACCUCGUUGUGUGCAUCUCAGCAGUUGAGAUAUACCUUGAUGAGGUGCGUGAUUUACUGCGCAGCGAACAAUCCCCCGCUGCUAUCCAGAUGGUUGUCAUGAAGGAUGUUUUGCGCUUCCCCCAGCUGACGCACGUGCGCAUCCAGAGCCUCGAUGACGGACUGAAGGUGUUUCAGAAGGCAACGGCGCGGCGGGCACAGCGAAUGACGUCUGCGAACGACACCUCAUCACGCUCCCACGCUGUCUUUACCAUUGAGGUGUUUCAGCGGCCCAUCGCUUCGGCGACCGCGCAGCCAAUGAACCUCGCGGAGUGUCUCGCCCUCAAAGAGGCGGCUGAGAUUGCGCAGCUAGAGGGGAGGUUGCCGCGACUGCGCCCGCCCGCGCCAUUCAAUGGCGCCUCCAACGCGCUGCUCGGGACCGCGGAGGCUCCGGUGAUGUACAGUAAGCUUUCACUCGCAGACUUGGCGGGUAGUGAGAAGGCGCGCAACUCUGACGUGCGUGGCGAGGGCUUUGAGGAGCUUAAGAAGAUCAACGCCUCCCUCACUGCCCUCGGGAACGUCGUGCAUUGUCUGUACGAGGGAUCAAGGCAUACUCCCUACCGCGACUCUAAGCUGACGACGGUACUUCGCGACUCUUUCGCCGCGCCGAAUGCCCGCAUUGUCCUCAUCGUGAACGUGAGUCCGACGGUUCUCACCGUCGACGAGACGCUCUCCUCCCUCUACUUUGCCGACAAGGUGAAGAUGAUGAAACCGGCCCCGGGUGGUGGUGGCUACAAUGUGGCAGGGAAUGAUUUAGCGGGUGACUACCUCUCGGCGCUGCGAAAAUACGAUGAACUGAUAGCGGACCUGCGCAUUGCAAGUGUACUGCAUAAGUUCUCCGGCCCCCAAAUCAUUCGCCUUGUCGCAGACGACAAGAGCAAUGUUUUGUACGAUUUGAAUUUUCGGGUCAGACGGCCAGAUUGUGAGAUUCGUCGGAUGGCAGCGUCGAUGAUGUGCGAGGCUUUCAGGGCCUCCGCAGAGGAGAACCGUCACGGUGCGUCGCAGGACCAGCGUGAGAUGGAGAAGGAGAGACGAAUAUGCUGCGAUGAGCUGGUCACCAACUGGAAAAACAAGCGAGAUGAAUGCGUUGCACUCAUUGAAAGUAUCUCAGCUCAGACGAAGGUGCAGAAUGAUACCUCUGAACAGCAGACGCAGAUCAAACUGCUCGAGAAAGCGUCUGCUCACCUUGGCGAUGCCCGAGCGGCCCGCCGAGGUGUCCAGCAGCAGCACACCAGGACUACCGCAAGCCUCUCAGAGGCCGUAAGUACACUGCGUGCUGUGACUCGCGAGUUGGAAACAGUAGAGAAUACUUUGGAGUAUGACUCCGCCGCGCCAGCGGAGCCGACAUCGGCAUCGAAAUUGUGGAAGCAGCAGGAUGAGUUGUGGGAGCACCUUUCGGCGCAUGCUUCGAGGGCCGCUGAGGCAGCACACAUGCGUUUGGGGUUGUGCACUUUAAUGCGCGAUACCCAACGGCUUGCUUCAGAGUUGGAACAACAUAAAAAGCGAAAACAAAAACUUCAACAGCCGAAGACUAUUUAUGAGUGGCUACGGCAAGCUGUGUGGGGGAUGGCAGGCAAUGCAGUGGGGGCUUCGCUCAGAAAGGAGUCGCGGCGCCGUCGACAGGAGCUUGAGGUGGUUGCUGGACACCCAGGCUUCAACGACUACGGCAUGCGGCGUCCACGGCAGUAUUGGCAGCGUAAGGGCUCGGAAAGCAGUAGCGACAAAAAGCGACGUGGCACCCGCUUUGAUGAGGCUGCGCUCUUGGAGGACGUUCUCUCAUUCGUGAGGAUGGGUGGAGAGGUGACCAAGUUUUCACGCGACGGCUCAGGGCACCGCCGGCUUUUGUACGUCACGAGGAAGGCUGACGACGAGCGGCUAUGCUGGUCCUCCGUGGGGGCGCUGGGACGUGAAGGCUACGCCCCACUGCGCUCUGUCACGCACAUCCUACUUGGGAGAGGAAAGAACGUGGGGGAACGAACCGAGUACUACCUGAGUUGGGCUCUCGUGUUCCCCCACUCCAACGUGAAAAAGACACUCGAAUUUGUGUGCGACUCAGUAGGGGAGCUCGAGGCAUGGGUGAUCGGCCUCAGCCACCUCACUGGCGUGAAGCCCAUCUUCGGCGAACCCAUGGAGUCGCUGACGGAGGAGCAGGCGACGUGGGAGACCCUCAGCAGCGGAGAGGCGACAUUCUGCAGGGAGUGGCACGUGCCGCCGGCCGUCUAUGCCGAGGCGCGGAAGCAGAUCAUGACCCGACGAAAUGAGCGGCGACACUCAGGGCUUCGGCUAUCGCCAGGAGAACUUCGAAACCUUGUGAAGCUAGAUAUUUUCCGUUCCUCCGCCAUGUGGCUACGCUUUGCCGCUGAGGGACUUGUGUCCAACCCAACACGCAAGUUGUACUGUUACGUGGAUGCGCCAGCGAUACAAGACGCUUCGUCUACGGCAACAUUGCACAGCAUGACUCCAGAGACAAAUGAUGGUUGUUCUGUGAGCAGUGUGCAUGCGUAG